CUACUUUCUCCUUUGUAUGCGCAACUAAACAAAAAGUAAGUAUUGUAAUGUACUUAGUAAAUAUCAAACAUCUUCAUUUUUAAAUAAAGGAACUAUCCGAAAAUUUUUCAAGUAGCAAAGAUUUGACUAAGUCUUUAAAUAUUAUCUCAGAACAGUUCACGUCUGUUUCACUGUAGUUGUUGAUUUUGGAAAUUUGACCUUUUGUUGAUUGCAAACUAUCUCAUCAAUAUUUCUAUAAUACCAAAAUUACAUCGCAUACCUCAAAAGUGUAUUCUUAGUAUAUCCGAUAAAAAAAUAAUUGGACAUUGGUCCAUUAUUAGAAAGGAAGCCUAUAUAUCAACGGAAUCUAUAAUCUAUAAUAGUAUGAACUCUGUUAAAGUUGGUUUUUUGGGACCGAAAGGAACAUUUAGCAAUCAAGCAGCACUUUUAGCGAAACCUGAUUGUGUCCAUACUUCAUUACCGACGCUAGCAGCUGUGGUAGAGGCGGUUAAAUCACAUCAAGUAAAUUUGGGAGUCCUACCUAUUGAAAACUCUACUAAUGGAUCUGUUGUUCCUGCUUACGACCUCUUAAAAUAUAAGAAAGACAUAAUAGUAUUGGACGAGAUUCUAGUACCUGUUCAUCACUGUAUUAUUGGCCAUUCUAUAGACAAAGCUAAUAGACUUUUGAGUCAUCCUCAAGCUUUCGGACAAUGUACAAAAUGGAUAAAGAACAACCUACCUAAUGUUAUUUCUGUUCCGGUUAAUUCUACGAGUCAUGCAGCAGAACUGGCAUCCAAUGAUCAAACGGGCUCUAAACUAGCAAUAUCAAGCCAGUUUUGUGCAGAUACAUACAAUUACAAAGUGCUGGUGAAAGAUGUUGAAGAUGAUCCAAACAACUGCACCAGAUUUUUUUUAAUCGCUUCUCGAGUCUCCAGCACAAUCCCAACUGUGCCCGAAUGUACGAAAGAAAAAAAGACAUUGUUACAGUUCACAAUCUCUCAUACAAAGAAACUUAAUCAUAUCCUUCAAAUACUUCUUCAAGAAAACGCGGUCUUUACAAAUUUGGUUACUCGCCCUUCUUGUCAUAAUCCUUGGACAUAUGUCUAUUUCAUAGAAUGCGUCGGUAUGUCACAAGCACUUCUGCUACGAAUUGAAUCCGUUUGUGAUGAAUUCAGCUUUAUGGGAAGUUACGAAAAUAAAACUACAACAAUAGCUUGAAUCAUCUGAAGUUUUUUAUCAAAGUUAAGUAUAAAAGUAAUAUUUGCAAC